AUGAAUGUUAAAUUAGAGAAUUAUGAAGAUUUUAUACUUCCUAUUCUUUUAUGCAAAGUUUUAUACUACUUCGAAACAACUGACUUAGAAAUGUUACAUAACCAAACAAAGAGUUAUUUUCACAUAUUGAAAUAUUUCUUUUGCAAUUUUUUAAUUGGGUAUGUUUGUCAUCAGGUUGCGACAACGCGCUUGCCGCUGCCGACGUUCUCGCCGCGCGCCGUGCUGAUGUACAGCGCGGCGGUAGGCGGCGAGGGGGUGGCGCUACAGUUGCGAGAGGCGACGCAAGCCGAGAUCGACGAGCGGCUUGCCAUCGCUUGCCAUGAGCCGGAAUUGCUUGCGGAUUUGUUGCACGCUGCUGCUAAUAUUGGCGGCGAGCAUGAUGGACUAACAGCUUUACUGGGAGCGUCGUCCCCUGACUUGGCGCUCGCUUCUGACGCGUCAGACAGCCUGCCAUUGCCUGACCAUGAUAACGAUUAUACAACAUCUUCGUCGUCGAGCAUAAGUGGUAUAACAACGGUGUCGGUGGCCGUUACAGGUCUGGACGCGCGGCCGAUUGCUAAGAAGGUGCGGCCCAAACCUGCUUCACCAAAUCGACAGGGCCCGCAACAGUGUCAAGUAUGUAACAAAGUGUUCGGGAACGCUUCGGCGCUAGCAAAGCACAAAUUGACUCACAGCGACGAGCGAAAGUACGUGUGUAUAACUUGCGCCAAAGCUUUCAAGAGACAGGAUCAUCUUAAUGGACAUAUGCUAACACAUCGUAAUAAGAAGCCAUAUGAAUGCAAAGCAGAUGGAUGUGGUAAAUCAUACUGCGAUGCGCGAUCGUUGCGUAGACACACUGAGAACCAUCACCAACCUCCUGCUGAAUCAAAAACAACAAACAAUACAGACCCACAUGCAAGUUCCGAGCGAGAGCCGAGCUCAUCACGCGUCACCUCGCCCACACCGCCGUCCCGCACUAACUCAGUAAACUCUGAUUCCAGCAACAGUUCGGACAAAGGAGCACACACAGGCGACAGCAGCCCUCCCCGCACGCCACCCGCACCCCCGACGCCGCCAGCCCGCUCUAAAACUACCAAAGCUAACAACAACAGACCGAAAACCACAACCUCUAUGACGUCACGUCGCAAUUUGAAUGAAAGUGAAAUAUUAAAUGUUCUGUUGGAGACGGAAGAUGAAGAUCUUUUUUUAGGCGAGGAGUUAGAAGAUGAAACAGAUGUAAUUAUUCAAGACUUUCGCUCGACGGAAGAUAUUAGAACAGCUGGUAAUCCUGAUGCCUUAGAACCAGAAUCACCUCAAGAUUCAGACGAAGAACCUGAAGAAUCUUUACAAUCGGGUUCUAAUGAUGCACUAGUUACCGUCCUCAGUGUUCCAGAUGUUUUACAUGGCAGAGGCACAAAAAAACAGAAAAAUUGCGAAAAAAUCGUGUGGCGUGGAUCUUAUCCUCGUUCAUCACGUACACCAAAGAGAAACAUCAUAUCCCAUCCUCCAGGUAACAAAGGUCCUGCUAGGUUUAUUACUACCGCAGUAGAUACUUGGCAAUUGUUUUUCACGGAUGAUGUUUUGGAGAAUAUCAUGGCUUUCACAAACCAAGAGAUUUUUGAGCAACGUAAAAAAUAUAAAUCUGACAGGCCAACUUCCACUGAAGAUGACGAUUUUGUUCCAUCGAGCAUUCGACCUUCAUUUGUUCAAGAUACAACAAAAAUAGAGCUAAAAGCCUUAUUGGGAUUAUAUUACUUAGCUGGUGUACUGAGAAUAAAUCAUCUGACUGUGAAAGAAAUCUUCGAUAAAAAUACAGGUAUAAGUUAUUUCCGGUCUACUAUGAGUGAAAAAAGAUUUGAAUUUUUAACUAAUUGUCUCCGUUUCGAUGAUCGUUUGACAAGAGCUGAGAGAAGACAGGUGAAUAAAUUAGCACCAAUAAAAGAACUCUUUGAUCAUGUAGUCGAGACCUCAAAAAACCUGUAUUCUCCUUCUGCCUGCACUACCAUAGAUGAGCAGUUGCUCGGUUUUCGGGGAAGAUGUCCAUUUCGGAUGUACAUCCCUUCAAAGCCAGAUAAAUAUAGGAUAAAACUACUGAUGUUGUGUGAUGCUAAGACAUACUACAUGAUAAAUAGCCUAAUAUACACAGGAAAAGAUUCUACUCCUAGAGGGAUACCUGUUGCUGAGUAUUACGCGCUUGAGUUGUCAACUUCUAUUCACAAUACCAACAGAAAUGUAACAUACGAUAAUUGGUUUACCUCUAUACCUACCGCUCAGAAACUACUGUCAAAAAAAACACAACAGGGAAGUCCAAAAUGUGGAAGUGGUGGAAUGGGCAGCGGGGCUAUCAGCGUAGUGGGCAUGGCUGGACCAACUCGCGCUACAGAUAUCAAGCCAGUCGAGUGCAACUUAUGUCACCGAAAGUUCAAAAAUAUUCCCGCUCUUAAUGGUCACAUGCGAUUACAUGGAGGAUAUUUUAAAAAGGACUCUGACAGUAAAAAGUUAGAUAAAAAGGAAUCAACCGGUCCACCAUUGCAAACAGCUUCUGUUUCUGUAAGAGCACUGAUCGAAGAAAAGAUCAUAAGUCGAAGAGGAGCUGCAGUGACGACUUCACAAUGCAUAGGCUCAUCAGAUGUAGCUUCUUCUCGUUCAAGUUUCGUAGCACCAGCGCCUCCACCUUUAUCAACCAUAAAAUCCUCCAAUUCGUCAACAAUAUCUAUUACAUCGUCGCAAUUUGUGUCACCACGCGCUCCACCUGUAGUAACCGUUGCUACUGCUAACAUUACUGCCAGUCAAAGAGACUCAACUUUAAUUGAAUUAUUAAAAAAGGGUAGUUCAAAGGUCGUUAAACGGUCAUCAUCGGAUCCAGGACAAGCUUCACCACAACAAGAUUUUACAUUUCGUCCAGAAUUAUUUGGUGUAUCGUUCAACUCAGAUGACGGAUAUUUUUCACCUGCUUUGAAUGAGGAUACUUUUCAAUUCACUACAACGUCUGAUCAGUUAGAUGAACUUGCGUCAUUAGAAGAUUAUGCAACGGUUGCCGCAUCAAUACGAGAACGGUCACCAGUUACAUUCCCGUCCAGUCGUCGUCUUGCUGCUGUACUUAACUCCCCAUUACCAGAAUCUUUAGCUGAUUUUGGGGCCUGUCAUGGUGGUUCACCGGUACCAUCACCUGGAAUCAGAUACACUCAAAAUUCCCCAGGACUAUCAUAUACAACUGGAGAUUCCCCUGGUCUAGCUUACACUGCUACGUCACCUAGUGGAAGUUACUCAACACAGCCAGAACCAUCUCCCGGUUUAGCUUAUCCAACACCACCUGCAUCCCAUGACGCACACUCACCUGCUCAUACUGUGCCACGAGUAUCUUCGCCUUUAACAGCAGCCUUUUUUACCGCAACAAUGUCAAGUCAAGAGGAGGUGGAAGAAGCGCUUGAAGAAGUUUUGCCAGAAGAAUGUAGAUCGUUAGAUGCAUAUGCUCUAGAACCAUCCCCUACAGCAAGGCGCAUAAUGCUGAAUUCAGAAGAUCCACUUUUGUCAAGCAGUCCACGUGAUUUUUCACAUCAACGUCCCAUUCGGCGAAGCCAUCGAAUAGCAACUCCUAUUACUACGCCUAUUCACCAGUGGAAUGAUAACUCUCUCCAGGUAUGCGUGGAAGGACGAGAUACAUUACCAGCCGUUUUCCUAAGUCCCAGCAGUGUCCCAGCGUCACCUCAAAGACGUAAAAGGCGUGCUUCACCAGCUGGUCCCUAUCGCUCACGCAUGCGACAUUCAAUCGACCAUUAUACACCUCAACCAAUUUUACCACCUGAUAGAGAUGGCUGUGGCUUAUUUAUGGAGCUAAUAAGUGGAAUGCAAGCGGAUACUGACCUUUUAUCACAGUCUGAAGAGCCUCGACUACCACAAAUUAACAUAGGAGUAAAUCAUCAAGCUGACAUACCUGAGUUGUACAACGAUCGUAUAGAUCUACAUCGAGUACCCGAACAACUCCUUUGGGACCCUGGUAUAAAUGAUGGCCUCGAUGAUAAUGAAGUGCGUAUGUUCAUGGAAUUGGCAAUGUGUGCCGCAAUGCCUGUCGGAGGACACACGAGGGAAUAUGCCUUGCAAACCUUAGGCGAGUGUGGAGGUGACAUCCGAGCAGCUACUCUACGCCUUAUGUCCCGUCCUGCUGCACCUUCACAGCAUGAAUCCCGUUGGACACCAGAUGAAGUCGAAGCAUUUUUAGCAGGACUAAGUCAAUAUGAUAAAGACUUCUUUAGGAUUUCGCAACUGAUAAGAACCAAAGAUUCGAAACAAUGCGUCCAGUUCUACUAUUUCUGGAAGAAAGUAACUAAAGACUACAAAACUCUAUACUUGCGAAGUUGGAACGACGGUCAAGUCCCACAAGGUUCGAUAGGGCAGGUUUCAGUUCCCGGCUCGGCUCCGUGCUCUUCGCCACCGAACUUGUACGAGGGUGAGGAAUUUCCGUGCAAGAUAUGCGGGAAAGUAUUUAACAAAGUUAAAAGUCGUAGCGCGCACAUGAAGUCGCACCGGCCACUCGACGCCGAGCCGAAAAGGCCUAAACUCGAAAAGCCUUAUGAAAAGGUCGAGAGAUCUGACGAUAAAUCGCAAGCGACUGGCGAAUUUCAAAUGCUCGCUCAGUAACUGAAUUCACACUCAUCCAUUCCGCCCGCGCGUUGCGUUGUGCCCAAUGCGACUAAUCAUCGUAGUGAAAAUAUAUUGAAUCACUUUAACACGUAUUAAAUUACCAGGCACAUGUGUCAAGUGCUGCACUAUAAAUCGCUUCUAGCGACCACCGCCCGCCCUCACUCGCACCGAGCCUAGUGUA